ACAUAGAUAUACAUCUACACAUUGAAGAAGUGAAAACAAAAAAUUCUUUCGCAUUUUUAAAUUUGCAACUGAUAAUCAUACAUUCUUCUAUUCACAAGAAAAAAUGGCAUUCAAACUUCCACCACUCCCAUACGCCGUCAAGGAUCUAGCACCUCAUAUUAGUGAGGAAACACUUUCCUUCCACUAUUUGAAGCACCAUGCUGGUUAUGUCACCAAGUUGAAUGGUUUGGUAAAGGGAACUCCUUUGGAAUCUAAAAGUGUUGAAGAACUUGUAAAGUCCGAGAAUGGCGCUGUUUUUAACAAUGCAGCUCAGGUUUGGAAUCAUGCCUUCUAUUGGAAUUCUAUGGGCCCAAAUUGCGGUGGUGAACCUGUUGGAACCAUAAGAAAGUUGAUCGAGGACAAGUUUGGAUCCUUUGGCAAGUUCAAGGAGGACUUUUCGAGUCUUCUUGCCGGUCACUUUGGUUCAGGUUGGGGCUGGCUUGUUCUUAAAGAUGAUGGGACUGCUGACAUUGUUCAAACACAUGAUGCAGGAUCUCCAUUGAGGGAUAACCUAGGAAAACCACUUUUGGUUUGCGAUGUUUGGGAACAUGCCUAUUAUAUUGAUUAUAGAAACGAUAGGGCCGCAUAUAUCAAUGCCUGGUGGAAUUUGGUCAAUUGGGAUUUCGCCAACAAGAAUUUGGAAUCCUCAUUCACUUUAUAAAUAAUCUUUUUGUCCUAGAUU